CGAUGUUAAAAAUGCCAUAUCAAAAUGGGUACUGCACAGGUUGACCUUGGGUCUCUCUCAGUAAUGGGCGUGUUGCUGCAAACGCAUCACCCUCUUUCUCCACACUCACCGCGCUAUCCUUAUCUAUUCCCUAACCCUACUAACCCUUACCAUUCUUUUCUUAUAAGCCCCGCCACAUCCACCAAAUCCCUAGUGCGAUUCAAUGCAACAAUUCGAUUCUCAGGUCACCGGAGUCUCCCACACCGUUCGCCGGCGUCACCCACAGCCUUCGCUUCCCACCGACCGCCACCUUCGGAAACGACGCCUCUUAAGGCUUUCGUGCCCUUCGCCGUCUCCGCCGUGCUGUUUCUCUGCUUCGGCAUUCGCGUGUGUUCGGUCUCAUCGCCGGCAGCAGCUCUUGCCGCCGGUUCAUCUUCGGUUAUGGGGGAGCAAACUGUUCAAGAUGAUCAUGAUGGAAGAAAGCAUGACAGCAAAGAGUCGGUAGUAGAUAAGGAGUUAGAAGCAGCUUUUAACACCUGGAAAUCUAAAACAUAUGCGUUGACUGUCCCUUUGAAAGUUGUCGCUCUCCGUGGCUCUAUACCUCCUUCAUGGAUCAAGGACUUCAUAAAUUGUCAAGGGAGGAGAAUGAAGUUUAACAUUAAGUAUUAUGCAAGUCUUGAGAAUAUCUUUUCUGAUCUAUCAAUUUCCUUUACUAAAAGAAAUAUUGGCCCAGCAUCUGCUUUGGCAGCAGAUAUUGUUGGAAUUGGCGAUUCAUGGCUCAAAUUUGCUGUUAACAAAGCUAUAAUUGAGCCAAUAAGAGAUGUAGAAGAUCAAGAAUGGUUUAAAAGCUUAGAUGAGAAAUGGAAGGUAUACCUACGCAGGAACUGUGAGGGAGAAAUAGAUCCUAAAGGUGAUAUUUGGGCUGCUCCAUAUCGAUGGGGCUGCAUGGUGAUAGCAUACAAGACAAAUAAAUUUCAAAAGCAUAACUUGGCUGCUGUAGAGGACUGGGCAGAUCUGUGGCGGCCUGAUCUUGCAGGGAGGAUUUCAAUGGUUGAUUCUCCUAGAGAAGUUGUUGGUGCAGUUUUGAAAUAUAUGGGGGCUUCCUACAAUACAAAUAACAUUGAUACAGAAGUUAAUGGUGGGAGAGAGGCUGUUAAGCAUAACUUGGCUUUGCUAGCAAAACAGAUUCGACUCUUUGAUAGUUCAAACUAUUUAAAAGCUUUUGGAGUUGGAGACGUAUGGGUAGCUGUUGGAUGGAGUAGCGAUGUUAUUCCUGUUGCCAAACGCAUGUCAAAUGUUGCAGUUGUUGUUCCAAAGUCUGGAGCGAGUUUAUGGGCAGAUCUUUGGGCAAUUCCUGCGGCCUCUAAGAUUCAAACAAAUCGAAUUGGUGGACGUGUCAGGGGACCGUCACCAUUAAUCCAUCAGUGGAUAGAGUUUUGUCUGCAAUCUGCACGAGCACUCCCUUUUAAGCAGGAGGUGAUCCCAGGUUCCUCUCCCUUUCAUCUUCAAGGUCAUUCAGCCAAUGUGCCCAUGGAGUUAACGAAAGGUAGGCCCAGGCUAGAUACCAAUCUUGUUGAUGGAGCACCUCCGCCUGACAUUGCAGAAAGGUGCGAGUUUCUUGAGCCAUUAUCUAAUUCAACAUUGUCAGAUUACCACUGGUUGCUUACCUCUAUCCAGGAACCUGGCCAUGGGUUGAUACAAAAAAUGCACCAUUAUUUCUCAUCAGUGGUUAAAUUUUCUGGCUGGUUUAAUUCAAAGCUCACUUGAAUAGAUCCGAUGCUUGAUGAUUUGAAUGGCCACAAACAUCAAAAGUUUACUGAUAUAAUUUAACUCUUGCGGAGGUCUAUUUUCAAGAUUGCCUGCUUUAGAGGCUGUCGUCGAGCCACAAUGAUGCUGGACCUGCAUGACUUACUGAUCCUGCGUUCCAUACGGUUGAGAACAAAGGAUUUUCUGUAAAAUUCGUCAGAAAAAAUUGCUUUAUGUACAAGCACAUCAAGUUUAUUAAAAAUCAUCACAUAAAAAUUUAAUUAACAAUUCAUGCACCAUCUUUAUUAUAACCUCUAUUAUACAUUUUUAAAAUAUAAGUAAAUGUUGAUUAUAUAAUUAUAUAUCCAUGAAUGAUUAAUUUAUUUAAAAU